UCCCGCGUCAGUCUCCAGGAUUUCUCUCUUCCUAUUUCAGAAGGACUCUCACUGCUACCUCAGUCUGUGCGAAGCCGAGGCUUCCCGUGGAUCCCCUACAUCCCCGACACAGACCUCCACGCACACACAGCCCCGCGAGCCCCGCGCUCACACCGAAUCCACACGCGCGCGCACACUCGCGCCGCCGGUCCCUCCUCCCCGAGCCGCGCGCUGCCACCUUCGCCGCCGCCGACACUCGGCCGGCCGGGCUCGCUGCGCCCGGGAUCCGCGCUCGGCUGGGAACUCCGAUUGCAGCUCGGACCCCUCAGCCCUCCCCGCGGUGGCUUUUUAAAAACACUUCUCUCCCUUCCAGUUGCGCCGUCUCGGAUCUGAGGGGCUAGCGAGGCAAGGCGCUGCCUUCCUAGCCAGCCCUGGUUGGCUUGCCAUCCUCCAUCUGGCUUAUAAAAGUUUGCUGCGCGCGGUCCAGAGGGCUGCGCGGCUCGUCCUCCCGGCUGGCGGAAGCGGGUGACGCCGGGCAGCGGCGAGGAGCGCGUCGCCGGCUCUGGCGGGCUUUUGGCUUGAGGGGCAAGGUGAAGAGCGCACGGGCCCCGGGGUUCGCCGAGCUGGAUUUGCAUGUUGCACCAUGCCUGCCUGCAUCGGGGCUGUGAUUCUUCCCCUCUCGGGGCUGCUGCUGUCCCUGCCGGUCGGGGCGGAGGUGAAGGCUCGGAGCUGCGGCGAGGUCCGCCAGGCAUACGGUGCCAAGGGAUUCAGCCUGGCGGACAUCCCCUUCCAGGAGAUCGCAGGGGAGCACUUAAGAAUUUGUCCUCAGGAAUACACGUGCUGCACCACAGAGAUGGAAGACAAGUUAAGUCAGCAAAGCAAGCUGGAGUUUGAGAACCUCGUGGAAGAGACGAGCCAUUUUGUACGUACUACUUUUGUGUCGAGGCACAAGAAAUUUGAUGAAUUUUUCCGGGAGCUGUUGGAGAAUGCUGAGAAGUCCCUAAAUGACAUGUUUGUCCGGACCUAUGGGAUGCUGUACAUGCAGAAUUCGGAAGUGUUCCAGGACCUUUUCACAGAGCUGAAGAGAUACUACACUGGGGGCAACGUGAACCUGGAGGAGAUGCUCAAUGAUUUCUGGGCUCGGCUCUUGGAACGUAUGUUCCAGCUGAUAAACCCUCAGUAUCACUUCAGCGAGGACUACUUGGAGUGCGUGAGCAAAUAUACAGACCAGCUGAAGCCCUUUGGAGAUGUGCCCCGGAAGCUGAAGAUUCAGGUCACCCGCGCCUUCAUUGCUGCCCGGACCUUCGUCCAGGGGCUCACUGUGGGCAGAGAAGUGGCAAACCGAGUUUCCAAGGUGAGCCCCACCCCUGGGUGUAUCCGCGCACUCAUGAAGAUGCUGUACUGUCCAUACUGUCGAGGACUGCCCACUGUGAGACCCUGCAACAACUACUGCCUCAAUGUCAUGAAGGGCUGCUUGGCCAAUCAGGCGGAUCUGGACACCGAGUGGAACCUGUUUAUAGAUGCGAUGCUCUUGGUGGCAGAGCGACUGGAAGGGCCUUUCAACAUUGAGUCGGUCAUGGACCCCAUAGAUGUCAAGAUUUCUGAAGCCAUUAUGAACAUGCAGGAAAACAGCAUGCAGGUGUCUGCAAAGGUCUUCCAGGGAUGUGGCCAGCCCAAACCUGCCCCUGGUCUCAGAUCUGCCCGCUCAGCUCCUGAGAAUUUUAACACACGUUUUAGGCCCUACAAUCCUGAGGAAAGACCCACAACGGCUGCAGGCACGAGCUUGGACCGGCUGGUCACAGACAUAAAAGAGAAGCUGAAGCUCUCUAAAAAGGUCUGGUCGGCACUGCCCUAUACCAUCUGCAAGGAUGAGAGUGUGACGGCGGGCACGUCCAACGAGGAGGAAUGCUGGAACGGGCACAGCAAAGCCAGAUACUUACCUGAGAUCAUGAAUGACGGGCUGACCAACCAGAUCAACAACCCCGAGGUGGACGUGGACAUCACCCGGCCAGACACUUUCAUCAGACAGCAGAUCAUGGCUCUCCGCGUGAUGACCAACAAACUGAAGAACGCGUACAACGGCAAUGACGUCAACUUCCAAGACACAAGCGAUGAAUCUAGUGGCUCAGGAAGUGGCAGCGGAUGCAUGGAUGAUGUGUGUCCCACGGAGUUCGAGUUUGUCACCACAGAGGCCCCUGCAGCUGACCCUGACAGAAGAGAAGAGGACUCUUCUGCAACCCGGCUUGGCCACUCGCUGCUCUCCUGGCCUCUGGUCUGUGUGAUCCUGGCACUGCAGAGACUGUGCAGAUAAUCCUAGGCUUUGGUCAGAUGAAACUGCAUUUUAGCUGUUUGAGUGGCCAACUCCCUUCUUUUCUUACACUCUUGGACAAUGGACCAUGCCUCAAAAACUUAAAGUUUUCUAUGAGAAGAGAGCAGUACUGCCUCCCUUUUUGUUUUCCCAAAGAGUACCGGGUGCCAGAUGAACUGCUUCCUCUUUCCUUCAGCUAUCUGUGGGGACCUUGUUUAUUCCAGAGAGAAUUCUUACUCAAAUCUUUCGUACCAGGAGAUUUUCUUACCUUCAUUUGCUUUUAUGCUGCAGAAGUAAAGAAAUCUCACGUUGUGAGUUUUUUUCCCCCAUAAAAAAGUUAGGAAGAAAAUAAUUUUCCUUUUAAAAUCAGGCCAAACCCCAAGACAACUGCAUUUUCAACAAAGAAGCAACGAGAGAAAAAUAAAAGAACUUUAAUGCUAUAGGUUCUACAUUGACAGCCAACUCCCAGGGUAAGCUUUUCUGUGACAAAUCAGGUUAUAAAAAUGCUUCUGGGGAGAAAGCUUGAAAAAUUUUAAAAUGUAGUGAAAAUACACUGUUGUCUUGGAGGUAUCGUCUUGCACUCUAACCAUACAAUACCAAAUUGAUUUGGAGGUACUGAUCCUAAAUUUAGAAUUCCAUCCUUAAUAUGAAAGCAAAACUAACCAUAACUCAGCACCUCUCUGUCACCUGCCCAAUAUCAACUUAGGUAAUGGCACCAUUUUUUUAAAUCCCCCAGUGUCUGUCCAUUGUAGCGAAUUGGCACAAAUUUUUCCCCUUCAUCUUUGGUGACUAACGGAUGUCCCCAUCAACUCAUCCUCCUUCCUGUCUGGAUUGAAAAUCAUCUUCAAUGAUACAGUCUCUACUUUUGCCACAGGUUUGACAUGAAUUCGAUGUUUCUGCCCCUGUGUUCAUUACCCUCCCCCAGAUAAGAGUUCUUUUUUGCUGAAUUGUUAAACAAUGAGAUCCAUAGAUCAGUUUUUAUUUUUAAACUAUUUGCUUUGUGUCAGUUGGGUUUCUCCAUCACAAGGGCAUUCUCUUACAAAAUAACUCACAACAACAGAGAAAGUCAAGACAAAAAAAAACUAUAUAUAGUAUGGACAUAGAGAUUUCUUUCACUUUUUUAGUCUUAGUAUGAUCAUCUAUUUUUAUAUCUAUAUAUAUAAAUCACAGAUUUUAACUUCUUAAUUCCAAGCUCAGGGUUGACACACCUUUGUAACAAAAAAUGUUUUGUCAACCAGCUCUUCUUGUUUUGUGCUGCUCAGAGAAGGGAUUCCUCAAUGACCUGUGAGCACCAAGAAUCAAGAAAGAACUUUUUACGUAUCUAACUGUCCAUCUAUUCAAAGUUUGCAAGGGCACAUCCUUUACGCAUGAGCAUGCUUUGUCCCUGGUGCUCUACCUGGGCUGAGCUCAUGGGACCAGCCAUGGGUGUGCAGAAUUUUACUGGUGAUGGAAACUGUUUUGUGUAAAGAAUGUUACUCACGAAACACCAUUGCUCUCAUGUACAACACCUCUGGCCUAGGAUUCCUGCUUGGCACUUGGAUGAGUAAACUCAACUCAAGAGGCCGAUUUAGAGCCACAGCCUAACCCAUCCACCAAGUAUGCCAAAGCCAGACCCAGUGUUCCCCCUGGCAGAGAGAAGCAAAAUGAACCAAACCAGGGCUUUAUGAAUACAGUUGGCUAUCCACAUGUUCCUUGGUUUUUAUGUUGCAUCCGAGUGGGGUAAAGUAAUGUGUCAAGACACCAUAGAUGCCAGUCACACUGUAACUAACUCAUUGACAGUACUGACACGUAAAUGGUAUUUUUUUGAUCUCUGUUCUCAUCAAAAUUAAAAUUAGUUAUUGAUUUAGUCACCACAUUUAAGUAGAACACACGCGGCACAAUAGUAUUAAGUAUAUUUGAGCACUUUUGCAAAACAGAAAGUAUUUACAAGCAUCUAUUGCCACUUUAUGCCUAAAGAAAUAUAAAGUGUAGUAUUCUGAGAGACUUUGUGGCAUCUUUCAUUUAAAUCUUUGUGAAAUUAACACUUAAGCUAAUUCAGCAUUACACGCUUCUAGAAAAUCACCCAUUUCACUGCCAACCUUCGGCUUUCUGUCAGCAAUUACGUAGAACACAUCUCUAUGAAGGACCAGUUGUUUAAGUUGCUCAUUUCACUGUAUGUUUAAAAAUCAGUAUUGUUUUUCUCCAAGCAUUAAGGUGCAAUACAAAUUAAAUCAACCUUGAUUUUCCAGAAUAACUUGUUUAUAUGGCUUUAAAUUCCAAGUCUUUCUUUUUAAAAUAUUUCUGCACUAUCUUCUAUGAAAUAGACCAGGAUGUCUUGUUUUUCCUGUGCUUUCACCGCUAAAUGGUUUUGUGCAUGUGUAUGAAUACACAUUAUAUUAAUGAAUGUGAACCCAUGUUCUGUACGCACUAAACACACAGAUAAUAUAUAAACGCCUGCUUCAUUUGCUUCCACACCUUCAUUAUCAGUAAUAUCCCUAUUGAUGAGAUAUAGUGAUGCAUACGAGCUGGGCAGAGAGCUGAAAUGACUAUCAGUUAAUGAUGCCACAAUAGUAGUCACCCUGCAUGGAUGUGGUCAAAAUAUUAUCCAAUUGUAUUUCCUGGUUUUUACCAUCAUCCUAGUGGGAUUUUCAGACUAAUUUAGCAUAAAAUUUUUUUUUCUGUCCUUAAAGGAUUUAGUUUCAUCUAGUUACCCCUUUUCAGUAAGUGUUUUUGAAAUCCCUCUCCCAAAUUAACUUUUCUCAUUUCAUAGUGAUAGGGAAUACAAUGAUGCUCCAGUAUCUGUCAGGACCUGCCCUCGUUGGUUCUGAAAUCCCCUGAAUUCUGUAACCGCAUCGUAACUCCUGUUAUGAGUAGAGAGGGACGGGCUCACUGAAAUCGGACACUAGAAAUGGGUGGGUGGAUGCUCAUAACCGCAAACACUUAGCUUAUUGAAGUGCCUCUAUUUACAUGUUCUUUAGUUAUAAUAUGUAUUUUUCUAACAGAAAUACACGUCUGUAACUGAUGUAUAUUAUACUUUGUAUAUGUUACAACAAAAGACAAACAGAGGCUAACGUCUUUAGCAGAGAAGAAUGAAUUGCAAAUUUACAUAGAACUCUGGUUCUGUACUGAAGGACAGCUUGACAACCUUCUGUCAUUGUAAUGAAGGUGAUGUUGGCACUUUGAUUACAGCCAUUACAAAAUGUUAGCACUGGAAAUCUGACUCCCUUACAGUGGCUGGCCCAGACAGGAUAAGUAAUGUGUACCACCUGCUUCAGAUGUAAGGGAUAGAAAAUACUAUUUUGUCUAUACUGAAAAACACUAUUAUUCAUGGACAAGCAGUCAUAAUUUAAAAAGUAAUAGUUGUUAAAUCAAACACAUUGAAAAUAUUAUUGGAUACAGAACCCCGAUAUUUAAUUUAUAUUCCCUGCUGCAGACAUUAGCCUACUUUAAUUCUUUUGCCAUUACAUACACAUUUUGGCUACAGACUGAUCACCAACUAACGUCCCCAAGGAGGAAUGAAACGGCAAAUUCCUGAGUUGUGAUUCUUUUAUGAUUCCUCUUUGCAAGGCUAGUGAUCAGAUGGUUUGAUCAAAGGUAAAAUGUCAACAAAUGCAACUUUUGACUGCCCCAAACUUGCUGAAAUUCAAACUCAUCUUCCCUGACCACAAUCACUAGCAGAUCUGACUUUUAAUCCAAAAAACAAAAGCAGGUUAGCUUUGCCAGUGGAAAAGUAAAGGAGACCAUAACUUCUACAUUUGCACUGUGCUCCUCCUGUGGGGAGACAUUAGCCAGUGUUUAGUUUGAGGCCAACUUAUACAAAUAGAGUAUUGAUUUGUACGCAUUCUGGAGACGCUCUAUCACGGUUUACAUGGCUUGCUACAGCAGACUCAGCUUAGCAUGGGAACGUUUGGAACUGCAUUGAAAGUUGAGUAAUUACUGGAAUCACUGACUUGGCCGUGUAAUGAGGCAUUUCUAUGAGAAAAAUCUGACGAUGGCAUCAUAGCGAGGUCUCUGUGUGCAUAUACAUACUAUAUGUGCAGGAUAAAUGUGCACCAAUCAAACCUAAAAUUUUAUGUGACUGUCAAAUGACUAUUAUUUGGAUUAAGAUUUUUUCAUUCCUGAUUUGGAUAGAAAAUUGCUAUUAAUCUUGUAUUAAAAUAGUUUUUAAAAACCUA